AAAGGGAAGGAAAGGAAACAGAUUCCUCCUGAGUGCAGUGAAGUGGGAGCCAAGCAAGUAGCCGCUUGACAUCACCAAGGCUGAGCAUUGGAUUACAACAAACAGGGACUUACUUGGCAAGGGAGUGAGGAAACGCCUCCUUCCCGAGUCCUAGAAGUGCAACUUCAUUUAGCUGCUUUUUAGCGCAAGGAAGCCGUAAGCCUGAAAGCGUGACUAAGCUGGCUACUUUGGCUGUUUGCCAUUCCAGCCACACAUGUUUAGGAAAUGCAGGAUCAAGCUGUGUUUGAGCCUUGAGUUUUAACAGACGGGAGUGUCCCUAACUUGUUACUCUGAGAGCCAUUGUUGGAGCCAUCUUCUGGAUCCUGUCACAUACAAUGUAAAUGAGAUUAUGGACGCGGAGCCUGCUUACUCUGACUUCAUCACCUCUGACCGGAGUGGCCGGAGAAAUGCAAUCCAUGACCUUCAGGGAGAUGCAGCUGCCCUUCAACUGGAGAAACUGGCAAGCACCAUGGAGGAUAUUUCCAUUGAAAAGGAAGAAAACAAAGUAGAGGAUGAUAUUACUGAGAAGACACCUGUGAUGAAUCCAGAGAAUCCAGAUGACACCCCAACUUUGUGAGAUCUCUGAUUUAGGCUGUAGUAGGGUGGACGGGUGCAUGACAACACCUAGGACUCUUCGAUCUUCUAAGGCGUCGAACUGAAACAAGGAGGUCCUCGCUUAAAGGUCUCUGCCAUGGCUACCUGGAUCUCACAGUCACCUUCAGUGGCAAGCAACGGGUACCUCCAAAGAACUCUCUUUCUAAUAAUGCUUCCAAGCAAGAUCUGUUUUAAUGACUUGAGCCACUCAGAGUGCCUUAGCAGCUAUUUUCCUGUAUAGGAAAACACACUUUUCAGUAAUAAUAUAUAUACUUCAGAUUUUAUUGUACAAGGUACAUUUUGUUCACUUGGUAAAUAUAAACUAUUAUUUAUUUCUC